AUGCCACCCGAUCGGCGGGCCAUGCUGCUGCCCCUUCUGCCCCUCCUGCUGCUGCCCCUGUCCUCUCGGCCCCGGGCCGGCUCGGCUCCGGUGGGCACUGGGCACCGCCUGGCUCCCGCCGCCCUCAGAGUGCAGCUGGGUGUUGGGGUCGGGCAGCUCUGUCCAUCCGGGGAACGGCCGCGCUGCAGGAGGCCCGGAGGAGCGCCCAGCGCGCAACGAGGCCCGCCGCAGAACCAGGCCGCAGCCCGGGGGACUGCCAACCCUGCCAACCCUGCCAACCCUGCUCCCAGCCGCCUGCUCCCUGCCCUGAACUGCAGAGCCAGAAAGCCGGUCCUCACCCCCUCGCCGACCAUCCUCAGCCCGGUGAGGAAGGUGUGUGGUCGGAGGCGCCCGGGAGCUGCCAACGUGACGUGGGCCCGGGGCCGGAUCGUGGGUGGCAGCGUGGCCCCUCCGGGCUCCUGGCCCUGGCUGGUGGCCCUGCGGCUCAGUGGCUGGGCCAUGUGCGGGGGCGUGCUCAUCGGGGACGCCUGGGUCCUCACCGCAGCACACUGCUUCUCAAGCAUUCAGAACGAACUGUUGUGGACGGUGACCCUGGGUGACUCCCCUCCAGGACAACAAGAGGAAGAGAUGUCGGUCAAUCGCAUACUGGUUCACCCCAAGUUUGACCCCCGGACCUUCCACAACGACGUGGCGUUGGUACAACUGCAGAUCCCGGUGUCUCUGUCAGAGUGGGUACAACCUGUUUGCCUUCCUGAGAGAUCGUGGGAGCUCCCGGAGGGCACGAUCUGUGCCAUCGCCGGCUGGGGGGCCAUCUAUGAAGAGGGACCGGCAGCGGAGACCUUGAGGGAGGCCCGGGUGCCCCUGCUCGGCUUGGAGACCUGCCGGGCGGCCCUGGGGCCGGCCCUCCUCACUGCCACCAUGUUCUGUGCCGGCUACUUGGCCGGGGGCGUCGAUUCCUGCCAGGGUGACUCUGGGGGCCCCCUGACAUGUGCUGUGCCCGGGGCCCCUCAGAGGGAGAUGCUCUAUGGAAUCACCUCUUGGGGGGACGGCUGUGGGGAGCCGGGGAAGCCUGGUGUCUACACCCGGGUGGCGGCCUUCAGCGACUGGGUCCACCAGCAGAUGAGCGCUCCCCGCUCCAGCCGGGAGCCCAGCUGCCCGGAGCUCCUGGCCCCAGAUCCUCAGGGAGCACCCGCCGGAGAUCGCACCGACCUCUGCUCCUACUACUCUCGCUUCUGCCCGGAUCCUCCAGGUGGCCGAGGCUGUGCCCAGCUGGCCCGGGAGGAGUGCCAGCUGCGAAGAAGAAAAUGCAAGUUGCGCUCGGUGGCCCAAACUCUGUUGUCUCUACUGCGACGUGCCCAAGAUUUCUUCACCCGCCACCUGGGUCUGUCUGUCCUUGCUCGGACACUGCCUCGCCUGACCCUAUGGCUCUUUGGGCAUCCCUGGCACCCCCUACAAGUCCUGCAUGGAGACACAGGUGCCAGGAGUCCUGGCGGGCCUCUGCUCCAAGAAAAGCAGGAGCUUCAGACUGGAAUGGAAGGCUGUCCGGAGCUGGAUGCUGCCCAGAAGCAGUUGGCUGCCCUGGAAGAUGCCCACGCUUGGAUCCUGAAGAUACCUACUAAUCAACUGACAAUGGACUUCCAAGAGAUCCUGGUGGACCUAGGCUCCAAGACCCCGGCGGGGUUGUUCCGGGCCCGGGUGCGGGUGGCCGUCGGGAGCCGGACGAUGGUCUUUCUGGGGCUGGUGGGACUCGAACCCACGGCCUUCACCCGCAGCCUUCCCGGCCUCCUGGCCCAAGUCCUGCGGGGCCUCAGGGAUGCUCCGCCAGAAGGACAAGGGACAUCCCGAGCCGGAUACCCCUCUGAUGCUGGGCCCAGCCCAAAUGAGGCAGAGGGGCAACUGGGCAAAGCGGAAGGCACUGGCAAGGAAGGAGGAGGCUGA